CCCUCAGACAGCUACAGGCCAUUCCUGUGCGACAUGAUCAGCAGUAGGGCAAUCUCGACUGCGACGUCAGCCAUGUCGACGCCGAUGCACCCCACAACAACAGAGCACGAUUACCGAUUCCCCCGGCGGCCCGCCCACGAUACCGCCCGCCGAAGCGGAGCCGGUGCUGGCGUUCCUCGCGCCGCCGCGAUUGGCCCCCAGGCUUCCAGCGCCGCCAGGCCACGCCACCACCAGCAACCGCACCAGCAGGAACAGCACCCACAAGACAUCAACACGUCGCUCCGCGAGCUCGAUAUCGACCUGAAGGGCACCUACAGCGUCGCGCGGGACAAGCUGUCGAGGACAGAGGUCUUCGACGACCUCAGGGACGGCAUGGCUGGCGUCAAGGACGACACUCCCGAGGCGCUGCAGGCUAUGGACCCGCUCGCCGCCCAGGUCUGGCGCUUCUUCAGUAAGACGAAGCAGCAGCUGCCAAACCAGCAGCGCAUGGAGAACCUCACGUGGCGCAUGAUGCAUAUGAACCUGCGCAACCGCCAGCAGGAAGAGGCCCGACUCGCCGCAAGUACGCGCGCACCUUCAGGUGCCAAUGCGCCGAGUGGCAUCGCGCAGCUGCGCAAGACGUCUGCGCAGAAUCUCGCGGCCCAGAGCGAUCCGAUGAGCCUAGAUGACUUCAUCUUCCCUGAUGGCAUCGCGACGCCGUCGGGCCCUGCCGCCACCCCCGAGGGUUCCAGGCCUGAGGAGGUGCCCGCUCCCACCGCCGCCUCGGCCAUUCCUAUCAAAUCUCGAAAAUCACCGCCCGUCCCCCAAUUCAACCCCCAGUCUGUCCCUGUGGCCGCCCACCACCAGAGGCGACAUAAUGAGUUCGGCUACGUAACUCGCCAUCACCGCAAGACGAGCAUCGACGACAGACGGACACGAAAGCGGCCAGCAGACUUUUCGCCCCAUGUCCCUGCGGUUAACACCAAUUCCGCGAGCAACGACAUGGACGCAGACGCCGACCUCAACGAGUACUCCCUCGACGGCGCUAACCCGAGCAGUAUGGCUCAGCCCAUCAACGGCCACGGCAUCCCCUUCCAGCUCGAUACCUUCGGCAUGGAUGGCGAUCCCAUCAUCACAUCCGCCGGCCCGUUCCAGCCAAGCUUCUCCUUCUCGCCCUCGACGUCGCCCAUGGUGUCCCAGGGGCCCUUUUCCCACUUGUACAGCGGCCCUUCGCUGGGUGCCUCGGUGCCUGCGACCGACUUUUACUCCCCUCCGGCCUCGGCUUACCCCUCGGCCGUCUCUACUCCUCACCCGCUCGCCGAUGGCAGCGAGAGUGGCGGCUACUACUUCGGCAGCAUGGACGUGCGGCAGCAUCGUGGCCAGGCGCUCAGGCAACCCGGGCCGGCGUCCGGCAUGCCAGCUAACUUUUCGUACGGCGCUAACGGUGCGAGCAUGUUCCCGGCUUCGACGGCCGGCGGCGACGGAGUCCCGUCGUACACGGCACCCAGUGCCUUCGGCCAUAUCGACCCCUCGCAAGUUUUUCAGUCCGAGUCCACCGUCCGAUCUCCUGGCUUGGGUAUGAUGCCAGAAAACACAAUGUUUAACUUUGGCGAUUCCGACGACAACGAAGACGACGGUGGGGCGUUUGCCGAUAGAAACAUGCACGGCACGGGCGAUUUCUCGUCAAACGGCAUGGACGAGUCCAAUCUGGAUUUCAACACCGCCAUGGGGUGGGAUGCCUCACUUCCCGGGAACUUUAGCACACGAGCAGCGCGGUACCCUGUCGGACCCCCGCGGAAACAAGUCACCAUCGGAGGAACGACCACCGACUUUGUCGAUGCUAAUGGUACUGACUGGGAGGGUGGCCUUGGGCGCUCGCAGUCGCAGUCCUUUGGCAGGCAGGUUGAUGGCCGCCGCAAGAUCCCCCGCACGGCCUCCACACCGACUGUCGCCCGCUCUGGGCACCCCUUCGACCAUCUGGGUCAACCGACGGACGGAAACUCGCCCCCUGCGGACAUGGCCGGCCAAGAGUCGGGUUUCUCCUCAGCUGCUCACAGCAGACCAUCAUCGCCACCGCCCGGCUCCAAGCACGGCUCCAGCACUAAUCUCCACGCGUCUGGAGCGAACCAGGGAGAGAGCGCGGCCCCGACAACCUGUACCAACUGUUUCACGCAGACGACUCCUUUGUGGCGGCGAAACCCCGAGGGUCAGCCUCUCUGCAACGCUUGUGGGCUGUUUUUGAAGCUUCAUGGAGUUGUCCGACCGCUCAGCUUGAAGACGGACGUGAUCAAGAAGCGGAACCGUGGCUCUGGCAACAUGUCGGUGGGCGGCUCGAGCACCCGCUCCAAGAAGAACUCGGGAACCGCCUCCGGAACGGCCACGAGGAAGAACUCGACGCUGGCUAUUUCGUCGACCCCGGCCGUCGUGCAGGCUGCCACUACCCCGCCGGCUGCUGCCCAGACCAGGGCCGGUAGCGCGAACGAGAGCGAGAGCCCGGCGUCGGGCGGAAAUACGGCAGGCAGCACGCCCAACAGCUAUACCGGAUCGGCAACCGGCGUUGCUGGUGGCAAGGGUGUCGUGCCUAUCGCGGCAGCGCCUCCGAAGAGCGCGCCGGGCCCGGGUGCCGCAGCCAGGGGCAUGGCCAUCGCCUCCAAGAGACAACGCCGCCAUAGCAAGAGCACGGCAUCGAGUAGCGCCGCCAUCAAUAGUAGCAGUGGCAACAACACUAGCGCUUCUGCCGCCAACAACAGCACCAGCAACAACGCCGGGCACAGCAGCGGCAACACCAGCGAUUUCUCGGGCAUGGACAUCGACAGUCCGGCGGCCUCGACGGGCUCCAACGAGGCGGCCAGGCCACUGGGAUCGACCAUGUCGGGCCUUGGGGGUAUGGGCGGCGCUGGCUCGGCUUUAGGCAGGCUCAGCAACGGCUUCGGCAUGACUACACAGUCGGUCAUGACGCCAGGCUUGAUGAGCAUGUCAGGAAACGGCUCGGCGCAGCCCCCGAUCAUGACUCCGGGCGGCGCGGGGGCCGGCCCUCAGGAGUGGGAGUGGCUCACAAUGAGUCUCUAGAGGAUGAGUCCUCAGACGGGGGAUGUAUACCCCAGAGACUGCCGCUCUCGCUCAUUCCACGAUACCCUAUCACUGUACCCAUAUCACCAUUGCACACUUUUGGGAGGCCCGUUCGUCCUUUUUCCCUUUCCGUCUCUCUCGGCAUACGCGCGGUUCCGGUUUCCCUCAGGUCAGCUUUUUGAUAGAUGGUGCCUUUUCCUCUCUAUUCCACGUCGCCACCUCCUUUCCCGCUCAUGUUUUUAUGGGGAGAUCUACUACCAUAUACCCGGCACUCACUCUCUUACGACCCGUCCAAGAUGCCUCCUUUGCGAACAUCAUAUCAUAUCUACACCGUACCUAUCAGCAUGCAUCUAUCGCCUAGUUUGUUCGUCUUUGCGAGAUCUUUUUGACUUGAUUCCCCAUCACCUCUACCGUGGCAGGCGUCGGUGGACGGCUGGUCUCGGAACCCUCGUUUCUUGGCUAUUUAUGCUUUGUUAUUGUUUAUUUGGCCGAUUGAUACCAGGAAUCUUUGGCUUAUGAUUCUUUUCCCAGGAUCUGGUGUGGCCUGGUUGUCCUCCUUGGCUUAUCUAAUCCGUGACAUCGCACACGGAAGGUCAGCGAGACAGGGAAUGCCAGACGUCGACAGAAAGAGACGGGUGGAGGUUUUUCUCUUCUUUUUCGCUAGAUGAGACGAGAUCCAGCCAGAUCGGGUGGCCUAGGGGAUGGAUGGGUUUCUGAUUUGCUUUCGCUCGGCUCUCUUUGCAUUUUUUUUUUUCCCGCCCCCAUUCCGGGGGUUUGUCGAUACCCAGGCGAGGGAGGGGAUUUCCGGUGCCUUUUGCUUGCCAUAUUCUAGAAGCGCAGUUCCGUUUUCUUUAGUAUAGUAAUGAGACGGCAUGAAAUUUACACCUUGUGCGG